AUGAACACAUUUAUUUCUGGGACUUUCUUCUUCGUCUUUUUCUGUCAUACUGGACAUUUACAGAGAAAUGGCCAUGGUAACUCCAUUUUUCAAAACCAAGCGAGGUUUCCACGAUGUACGUCGGUCUGUAGUUCUAUUCCAUUGAGCACUCCUAGACACUGCAUCUCAAAUGGAAGAUUGUAUUGGUUUCGCGGAAGAUUUUGCCGAGGAUGUGAUUGGGUCAGAUCAGGGUGCGCCAACACAUGUAAUGGAGUAAACUGUGCAACAGACAAUAGUCCUCCUUACUGCUAUAGGAACUGCCCUUACAUUAGUCGAGGAAUGCCAAGACAUUGUAUUAUACCAGGUGCAAUUGUUAACAAUCAAGGUUUUCUAUGUAGAUUAUGUGACAGAAUCCAACCGACAUGUUCAAGAUUGGCAUCUCGUUUUAUUCCACGUUGUCCAGUUAGAUGUAAAGAAGUGAUGAACGGAACCCCUGAACACUGUAUCACGCGAGGACGAGUGAUGAACUAUCGUGGUCGGCCAUGUAGGCUAUGCGACACGGUUGAUUUCGGUUGUGUGAGAAAAGGUCUUUCCAUUUGUGCUGAAGCCCUGGAAACCUGCAAGACGGCACCAAAGGGUAUGCCGGAUUUUUGCAUAUCUCAAAACAUUACAAGUACACCAGCGACACCGCCAUGUUUAACGUGUCCAAUCAUUAGUAAUUCCAGUAUGUGCAGAUUCCCGCCUUGCCAAAGAUGCACACCACUUACAAACAUAACUACGGUUCCACCUGAAUGUAUCAAAGAUGGCGAUAUUGUGCAAAUUCCUGGAUACCACUAUAGAUGUAGCCUCUGUCCUUACAUUGACCCCUUUUGUUCUGAACUUGAAGUUACUAUCUGUGGAAAUCAGAUGGCAAAUUGUGUCGGCACACCAGUCGGAACACCUCAGCGAUGUAUCGACCAAUCUGUGCAUAUAUUUUUAGGAAGUCCCUGUCUUUCCUGUCCGAUCCUGAAAACCGAAGAACCCGGAUGUGUAAAGGAGGCAUAUGAUAUUUGCUCGGGGUUUGUGUGUCCGCGUGUUACAAGACAAACUGUCAUGUGCUUUGACAAAGGCCCUUUUUCGAAUGCCCCGAAUGCCACAUGCAAAACUUGUCCAAUUUUACACAGGCACAAACAUAAUUUGUGUGCAACAAUCAAUUCCUACCAGCGAUUUUGA